GUCAUAACCAUCAGGCGCCGGUAUUGAAUGACUUUGACUAUUGAAAAUUACAACAGUCAGCGCCAGUUCUAUUGUAUAAUAAUAUUAAACUAAUAUUAAAAUUUUAUUCUAAUCGUCAUGUCUAAGGAUAUUAUUGUUCUUACCCCCAAUGGAAGGAGACAAAAGGUUCAUUGUACACCUGAUACAAUAAUUUUACAGGUAUUAGAAGAUGUCUGCCGGAAGCAAGGUUUUGAACCUUCAGACUAUGAUUUAAAGCAUCAUAAUCAUGUUUUGGAUUUAACUACUACUAUUCGUUUUUCAAAUCUACCAAAUAAAGCUAUGCUGGAAAUGGUGGAAGCAGAAAGGAAACGACAAGAAUCUAAUGUCACCAUUGGAUUACAACUGGAAGAUGGUGAAAGAAGAACAGCAGAUUUUUCACCCAACACAUCUUUAUAUGACUUAGUAAUAUCCCUGGCGCCAGGCGAACUAAAUUCUUUGGAGCACCCUACUAUAAUGUAUAUGCGACAUGAAGUGGUUGGUGAAAAUGCUCUUCGAGGAAAGACAUUAAGGCAGUUAGGCUUAAUAGGGGGUAGAGCAAUUCUCAGAUUGUUAAACAAACAAACAGAGGCAAGACAAGCUAACGUUUCUGCUUUUUACCGCCGACCAGUCAUUGAGCAUAAAGACACUGAUGAGGGAAAUAUAGUGAAAAAAGCCAAAGAACAAAAGAUAGAUGAGCCACAUUCAGGGACUUCUGACAUGCAUAAGCUCAACACAGAACAGUAUCAUAAGCCUGAUAUUAUAGAAAAGUUUAAAGAAAGUGUUCUUCAAGAAAGUAAAAAAGAAGAAACUAAAGUAAUGGAACAAGAAAGUUCAGAAGAACAAGUAACAGCUACUAAUAAAGAAGAAUUGAUGGAUGUUGAUGAAAAAAAGAGCAAUUUAUCGUUUUCUUCGCAAUCAAGAGAAUAUUUGGAAAGGCGGCUUAAGAUUGAAGAGGAAGUUACAUUUUUAGGAGCUCAAAAAGCUAUAGCUUUUAUGCAACCGGAUUCCAUUGAAGAGGAAAUUGAAGACCUGCCAGAUGACUUCUAUGAAUUAACUGUUGAUGAAGUACGAAGAUUGUAUCAUGACCUACAACAACAUCGAAUUUCUUUAGAAAACACUCCCCUUGUAUCUUCAACAAAACAAAAGGAGAUCGAUGAACAGGCAUCUUUACAAAAACUCAAUGUAUACAAGAAUGUUGUGGUGCGAGUACAGUUUCCAGACCACAUUAUUCUGCAAGGAAUUUUCACCCCUAUGAACACGAUCGAAGAUGUAACAGAAUUUAUUAAAGGCCAUUUACGAAAUCCAAGCAAGGAAUUUCACAUAUUUGUAACACCUCUAAAAGAAACACUGGAUCCUAAAAUGACAUUAUUGGAUGCGAAGUUUGUACCUUGUGUACACAUGCAUUUUAAGUGGAUAGAAGAAGAUGUGACAAGACAACCAUAUCUAAAAGAUGAUAUAUAUGAAAAAAGAACUGCUUCUGAUGCAGCCAACAUUUUGGCUUCAAAGUACAGAGCCACCGCAAGAAGGAAACCAGAUGUGUUACCCGGUACAUCGCAAAAAGUACCUACUGCUUCGACAUCUAAAGGUAAUAAAAUGCCAAAAUGGUUCAAGAACUGAAAUAAUUGCCAAGUGUUCCGCUAUUAUUUUUCGAAUCGCACCAAGACACAACUGUAUAAUAUAUAAAUGGAACAAUUGUUGAUGGCUCCAUGUCUAUUCUUUGCAAUUCAAAUGAAUUUUAAAUAUUUUGUUGUAUAUAUUAUACCUUUACACAGUUAUUAAAAAUAAAACAAACAUUUUCAACGUAAUUUUAUUUAUUUGUAACGAAACCCAUUACAAGUAGUCUAUGUAUAAAAAAGUAUAUUUAUGUAGAAAAAAUACAAUUAAAUCAUACGUUAUCUAAGAAGUCCAACAGAUACUUUUUCACAGCAGUUAUAAAUUCGAAUUUUUUAUAUCAGAGCUAAAUGAGAUGUGUGAUAUAUCACAACACAACACUAUUUUGACACUGUGCAGCCACAUAAUGUGCGUAAGCGAAAAACCAUGAGAUACUUUUAUUUUAUUCCCCAGUUAAUUGAGCAACAAAAUAAAAAAAAAACAGAUAAAACGGAAUAAAAACGAAUAAGUCUGACACUGCCCCUCUGCCCCAAACAAACCGAGAGGAAACAUUUGAAGAUUUUCCAACUAAAAAUAAAAACGGUGGAGGACAACGGGACCUAUAAUCAGAAAGGCCAUCAUAGUUGUAUGAAUGAGGGUAAUGUUCCUAAUUUGCACCUUGUAGGUUUUAUAAUUUCACAUGUUUCAUUUGAAUCAUUAUCGCCUUUAUUUUCUUCGUAGUAUCUAUGUUCAGAGCAUCUUUCACCUUUUUCUUUUAACUUUACGCGAUUUGUAUUUGUUUUCUCGUCGACAUCUGGUAUAUCUUUAUUUUCAUCUUGUUGUAGUUUAAUGAUACUGUUACCAUUAGUUUUAAUUUUUGUGAAUUUCUUCUUUCUCAUUGUUGAAAUAGUUUUAAUAUUUCCCUCUAAAGGUAAGUUUACGUGUCGUUGUAAACACGCGCUACCUUUCUCGCAAUAUCCCUUGAGAAAGUCUGAGCAAAUCUUUGCCUUUUCAUUCAAUUUAACAUGUAAAUAAGGGCACUCAGCUUUAGUGCAAGUCCCUUGUAAAUAAAAAUAACAGGUGGGCAUUUUCUUACUUGUUAAAUCAUGGGAUAAAAGGCAUUCCUUGUCAUGACAAAUACCUUUAAUAAAUUUACGACAUAUAGAAACAUGUUUCUUAUCAUGCAGAAAUUCACAGGAGCCACGUGCGUUUCUCAGACAUUUUCCAAACUUGCGGAAUAAUGGACAGGGUAUAUUAUUUUUCUUAAGAUUUCCCUUAAUUAAUCUUUUAAUCCUUGAUUCCUUGACCACAUAAUUUGAUUUAUAUGGCUUUCUCUGAAUAUCUGUAUGUACAAUCGUUUUUUCAAGUUUGAAAGAAGAAACAUUACUAGAAUUGACGACUUUAAACACAUUCUUUCUUCGACUGAUUUGUGGCGUCUGAAAAUUUGCGUCAAUAUUAGGUACAGAAGGCAGGUAGCUGGCACUUUUAUCUUUGUUUAAAUGUAUUUUUGCAUCUUUCCAUGAAACUGUUUUAUACUUAUUGACUUUAAAAGUAAUCUUCGGUUUCUCAAUUGUUGAUUCUUUUGAAGGUUUAUUAGUUAAGUUUUGUCUAACUAAAGAAUAACGAGAUUGGGACACAGAAGCCUCAGGGAAAAUUGUUUUGCCUGUAACUUCUUGCUGAUAUGUAAUAUAUGAUUCUUCAGUAAAAGUGUGUAUAAGAGGUUGAUUUUCUUUUGUUUUGAAACCUAUUUGGUUGUUAGUACUCCUAUCUGUACUUUUAUAAUUUAUGAAAUUGGGAUUUAUAUAAAUUUUAUUCUUAUUUUGAACAUUACAAUGAACACUUGGUACAAGAUAAGAAAAUUUUGGAUUAACAUGCAUACUUCCAUUGCUGGAACCACUUUUUGUAUGAGGCCUAUUAAAAUUAGGGUUAAUAUAAACUUUGUUUUUACUAUUAUCUUGAUUAUUCAUUUUAUAUGUCUUUUAAUUAUUUUUAAGUUUAUUAAAUCAAUGAGUACUGAAAGUAUUUGUUCCCACUUUUACAAUUGAUUGUAUCAAUUAACACUGUCCUCAGUUCUUUUUCAAUCUCCUGCAGCAAUAGAUCAUUUAAUGUGUCUAUAAUAGUGUCUAAUUCAGAUUGUUUAUCCCCAUUUGUCCACAAAAGGCUCAUGUGGAAUGAUGGCUCCUGAAACGAAAAACAAGUGAAUAAAAUUCAUAUUGUUAAAAUCAACUAUUUUUUCAAAAGCCCUUUACAAACCUUGUAAAAUGUUGGCAGCUGAAAUUCAGUCAAAACAUCAUCCACCUUUUUCGAAACAUUUGAUAGGUUUUUAUGACUGAAAGGAUCCACAUCAAGAGAUAUAAAUGUUCUUGACUUGUCCUCGUUGCAAUAUACUUUGACUGCAGCAAACCCUAUAUCAAAACUAAAACAUAUCAGUUAUUAAAACGUGA